GCAGAAGUCCUUCUUGUUCUGGUCGUUGUUCCCGUCUGAGUACCAGCUCCCUAUUGCCCUGAGGGCAAGCGGGCUGCGGCAGAGGGAAGGAGGAGGGGAGGGAAUUGUCCAGGAUCCCUGCAGCCUCCGUGUCUAGUGGGUCCUAUUCUCUCCCGGGUUGCCAGUGUUUCGGUGAAUUUCCGCACAAUGCCGGGCGAAGGAAAUUAACCCCCUGUCGGUGAAGGUCGAUUUGAAGGUCUGCUGUAGCAGGUGGCAUCACUUGAAGCAAGGGAGGAAGUUUCCUCAGAUCAGUAAAGAUCGCAGAUCCAAAGGGGUUUUGGGUGUGGCAAGGAAGACCUCCCGGGAAAGGAAGACGUGGCAAUUGCCUCUCUUGAGGAGGUCCACUUCCAGCAUCAGCUACUGGACACACCCCAGGUCCACCUCCAGCAUCAGCCUUGACGUGGCUAAGAGCAUCAUUCUCCACAAACCCUAAACCAUCUUUCCAAACCUGAGUGACUACACUCUUCCUUGGUCCCUGCUAUUGUCAGGGACGAUUGCAUGGGCUACGCCAGGAAAGUAGGCUGGGUGACUGCAGGUCUAGUGAUUGGGGCUGGUGCCUGCUAUUGCAUUUAUAGAUUGACUAGGGGAAGAAAGCAGAACAAAGAGAAAAUGGCUGAUGGGGGAUCUGGGGAUAAGGAUGAUGCUGGGGACUGUCUUGAAGUCAGGUAUAAUGAUUGGUCUGACGAUGAUGAUGACAACAGUGAGAACAAAGAUAUAGUGUGGUACCCACCUUGGGCCCGGAUUGGAACUGAGGCUGGAACCAGAGCUAGGGCCAGGGCCAGGGCCAGGGCUACUCGGGCUCGUAGGGCGGUCCAGAAACGGGCUUCCCCCAAUUCAGAUGAUACUAUUUUGUCCCCUCAAGAGCUUCAAAAAGUUCUUUGCUUGGUUGAGAUGUCAGAGAAACCUUAUAUUCUUGAAGCAGCUUUAAUCGCGCUGGGCAACAAUGCUGCAUAUGCUUUUAACAGAGAUAUUAUUCGUGAUCUGGGGGGUCUUCCAAUUGUUGCAAAAAUUCUCAAUACUAGGGAUCCUAUAGUUAAGGAAAAGGCUCUAAUUGUCCUGAAUAACUUGAGUGUGAAUUCUGAAAACCAGCGUAGGCUUAAGAUAUACAUGAAUCAAGUAUGUGAUGACACAAUCACCUCUCGUUUGAACUCAUCUGUGCAGCUGGCUGGACUGAGAUUGCUUACGAACAUGACUGUUACGAACGAGUAUCAGCACAUGUUGGCUAAUUCCAUUUCAGAUUUUUUUCGUUUAUUUUCCACGGGAAAUCAAGAAACCAAAUUUCAGGUUUUAAAACUCCUCUUGAACUUGGCUGAAAAUCCAGCUAUGCAUAGAGAACUGCUUAGAGCCCAAGUGCCAUCUUCGUUGGGUUCCCUUUUUAAUAAGAAGGAAAACAAAGAGGUUAUUCUUAAACUUUUGGUCAUAUUUGAGAACAUAAUUGAUCAUUUUAAAUGGGAAGGAAAUGAACUUUCUCAGAAUCAGUUCAGUGAAGGCUCACUUUUUUUCUUUUUAAAAGAAUUUCAAGUAUGUGCUGAUAAGAUUCUGGGGAUAGAAAGUCACCAUGAUUUUUUGGUGAAAGUAAAAAUUGGAAAAUUUAUGACCAAAGUAACUGAGCAAAUGAUCCCAAAGAGCCAGGAAUAACUUCUUUAGUGUGUAGUUUAGAAGUAAUACACAUUGUAAAUGUUCUUUUCUCUACUUUGUUUAGAAAGGAAUCCUUUCAGUCACCAAUUUUGAAUAGUGAGUGUCACAAUGUAUCAUCAAUACAGAUAUUUAUUGGGAGUUGGUCUUCAGGUUUAAGCUGGGUAAAGGAAUCUCUACUUGUUCUGAAAACUUUCUGUGUUGCUAUUUAUUUUGCUACCUAUAUUCAAAUGUUUUUACUGUUUCCUCUGCAUAAGUGACAGUAAACCAAUUCUUCAUUAAGUUCCUCCUGUCAUUUGUAUUAACUUGUGUAUCAUUACUAAAAUUGUGUGUUAGAGCUGAAAAGAAGAAACAAGAAGAAAGAAAUUACUGUCAUUUGUUAUAUAGAUGGGAGACAUAAGAAACGUACAAAAAAAGAUAAUAUAUGGGGCAUAUACUCAUUGUGAAAUAUGCAUUCCAGAUACAAGGAAAGCAAAGGCUUCUAUGGGUUAGGUAGUCAAAUAAAGAUUCAGGGAGAAAUCAACUACUUAAAAUGAUCCUAGAAUGGGGUAAGCAGUUAGGGUAUCCUGUGAUAUGUGAUUAAAAAGGGAAUAAUAUGAGAAAGGCAUGGAAACAGAACUCUUUAGGAUGGUGAAAAUUUGGAAAGUGAAGUGAAUCCAGAUUGUAGAGAGCUGUCUGAAUGUUAUCCCACUGAACAUGGAGCACCACUACAUAUUUCUGACUUGGAAAAAUAACAGUGGUUCAUGUAAAUUCCUUCUCCUGUUGUGCAGUGCACAUAAUGGUGUCACAAAAUGAAGUUUUUUGAACUCUGAUGCUGGGGAUUAGUUUACACUUACAAUUUGUAGAGGGUCAUUUGAUAAUACGUAUUAGAAAUUUAAAAAUAUCUAAGCCCUUAACACUAAGGGAAUGAUUGGCCAAAGACUGUGUAUAAAACAAUUCAUCACAGCACUAUACAAGAUAGUAAAAGUUUAAAAACAAAGCUAAGUGACUAGGGUACUGGAUGGGUUGAAUAGAUUAGGGAAUGUCCAUAUGGUGUAUCAUACAUAUGCUGAUGAAAAUCUGUAUUGCCAGGAAAUGAUAUUCAUCAUGCAUUGUAAAUGAGAGGUAGGUUAGACAAGCAGUAUUCAUAGUAUGAUUCCAUCUUUUUUGAAUAGUUAAACAUAUAUACAUAGGCACUAAAAUCUCCAGAAUUACAGACACCCAAAUACUAAGUGUUUACUUCAUUUUGGGUGGAGGGAAUGUAAUGAGUGAUCUUUACAUUUUUUACUUUUUAUUCUUUUUUAUGUCUUAUUUAUCUUAACUGAAUAUUGAUGUUUAGGAAGCUCUUGAUAAAGACACUGUUGAGAAGGAAGCAGGUGCUUCAUUGGAUAGUGUAUUGAGUGGAAUGUGUAGGUUAAAAAUGAGAUGCGGUGAAGUUUCCUUUUUGAAGUGUGCAUAAGGGGUGAAAAUCUAGCUUGUUGUGAGAAUUAAAUUAAGUAAUACAUUCAAAAUGCAUAGAAUAUUCUGGCUCAUAGCAGUUAAUUCAGAAAAAGUGGCCCUUUAUUCUCCAGAAAGAAGAAGUGAUAUUUUUUUGGUUGAACUUUGUUGUUCUGGGACUUUCUGUGAUGUGUCAGUGUCAUUUAAUAAACAGUAACAAUAAAGGUUAGCAUUUAUUGA